AGUCAUUCAAGAUGGCAGCCUCCGGCUAUGCUUUGAAAUGUUCUCGGCCGAUCACAUCUAUAGGAAUACGCUCACCUAUUUUGGUUUCUAGUUCACGAUUUUAUAGUCAACAAUCGGAACAGCAGCAAAGUCCAGAAGAUGAACUACACUUGAACUACCUAGAUGGAGAUCAGAAAGGUAAAUUAAAGGCUUUCCACUGUCUCACUCACCCUCUGUCUGAUGUCUCUCUGUCCUCGGUUACCAUACUGCCACUGCAUCCUCAGUCUCUCAGCUCUUUUUUAAAUUCGAGUGUAUGGAGUUGUAAUUUUGUUGUAGAUUUUCCCCCUUUCAAAAUCACCCCCCCCCUACACACACACAUUCGCACACAUAAACGCUUUAAAAUCUUAUUUAUAUUAUAUAUCUAUAAUAGGCCUAUAUAUAAUAUAUAUAUAUUAUAUAUAUAUAUAUAAUUCGAUCACAGUUUUAAAAAUUAAAUACAAAGCCAAAAAGUGGGAAAAAAUAAAUCACUAAAAAAUUCAUAACUUUUCUUCUAUAAGUGAUAGAAAGAUUAUCUUGGUAUCAAUGGAAAGCUUAAAGUCAGCUCUUUCCAAUGAUCAAUGAUAUGCUUCUUGUGUAUGUCAGAUGUAUCUGAAAUUUGGAGUUGGAGUACCUAAUAUUAUAUUUAUAUGUUCAAAUAUUUCCCUCAACACUCAGAAAUUUUAAAAAAUACUUGGCAAAAAAAUAUUACCAUACAGUUAGAGUUACUGGAACUUCAUUCUCAUUUGUUCCUGCAAGACUUGAGCCCUGAGUCUGAGCACAAUAAAAAUAAAAGAACUCCUUUUGUUUAAUCUUGCUGGUAUUAAAUGAAUUUUUUUAAAAUACUUGUUUUAACAAGAGUAUAACAUUAAUUUUAUGAGUACCGGUUGGGCUAAGGCCAAAGAGUUAAUGACUGGCUAAGAACAUGAUUUUGCUACAUAUUCCACUGUGGCGUAUUUUGUAACAUUAAUUGUAGGGCCUGUUUCACAAUUUAUUUUUAAUUUUACAUUAGCAUACCAAAAAAUAUAAAUUCUUUACAAAUAACCUGGGUCCCUAGUCAUAGUCCUCGGAUGAUAUAAACUAUAAUAACUAUUUGAAAAGUACUUCACUAUUUUCAAUUAUUGAUGCUAUUUUCAUUUAACUCUGCAGGUAUUGCUGUCAUUUCUAUGAGACGAUUCCGUUAUAAAAAUGCUAUGGGGAAAAAUAUUAUUCAGAGAGUAAGUAUCUUUCUUUAUAAAGUUAAUGAUCAUGGCAUAUCAAGAUGGGACAAGUAAGAUAAAUAGCAUAGUAAAAAGUCAAUUGAACAAAUUAUUUAUUGUUAUUUCAGCUUAUUGAUUCACUGCAAGAGCUUAAGUUUCAAAACAACAUCAGGGUCACUGUGGUUCGAAGUGAAGUUCCGGGGGUGUUUUGUGCAGGUAAUUUUACUUGUUCAAAUGACCCUGUUGAGUUAACACUUUAAUUAGUGCUCUUAUUCCUUAUUUCUUACAUUUUAAUAUGACAUCUUAGCUGUACGGAACUAUUCAAAUGAAAUUAGAUAUCAGGAUCUCUACAAGAAAUUAGAGAUCAGGAUUUCUUCAAACAUCUCUGUGGUUUUAGAAAUCCAUUUUGCAUGAACUGCUCCAUCUUAUUAUUAUAUUGGCUUUUGUAUUUUUAUGAAUAAGAACAUUUGUAACUGCCUCAGAAACUGUCUUAUUAAUGAAUCAUAUUAAAAUAGUUUUUCAUGCAUUUUUGUAUUUAUAGGCUUCUUAGAUGCAAAUGCUCAGAUGGGUCUUUGUAUUUUGAGUUAUGCUUUUAAUCAUGAUUUAAUUAGUCUUUAUUCCGAAUAUUUAAUACUUAUGCAUUCAUAGGGGCUGACCUCAAAGAGCGUCUUCAAAUGACUAACCAGGAAGUUGGUUUAUUUGUGGCUAAGCUGCGUCACUUUGUCUCAGAGCUCCAUAACCUACCAAUGCCAACAAUAGCUGCAAUAGAUGGUGCAGCUCUUGGGGGUGGCCUAGAGAUGGCUCUAGGAUGUGACAUGCGUGUAGCAGGUAAUGCAUUCUAUCAGUUAAAUAUCCCUGAUAAAAAUCAUUCAUCUAACUCUAAAAAUAAAUUUCUAGAAUGUUACUAAUAUAACAAUGUGAAAUCAAAUGAUUAUAUUAUAUUUACAUCACUAGGUUACAAACUGCCUUAAAAUAUCUCUAAUGGAAAUAGCAUGAUGCACUCAAAUUUAAAUAAUGUUUUUAUCAUUUAAUUUUUAUCAUACAAGUAAGCCAUACAUGUUGGUACUAUAAACUAAUUAAAUUUCUAUUCACAGCCAGCAGUGCUAAAAUAGGCUUGGUAGAGACCAGUCUUGCCAUCAUCCCUGGAGCUGGUGGAACUCAGCGACUACCACGAAUAAUUGGGCCAUCUCUGGCUAAGGAACUAAUCUUUACAAGUCGAGUUCUUGAUGGAUGGCAGGCUAAAGAGAAUGGUGUAGUCAACCAUUGUGUGGAGCAAAAUAAUGAUGGUGAUGCUGCAUAUCAUAGAGCUAUUAAACUGGCAGAAGAGAUUUUACCACAGGUAUAUAAUUUCUUUUUACAUUUUCUUUUAUAAUCAUACAAGAAAAUAUUAAUAAAUACCUGGUACUCAACCAUUUUAUAAAUUUUAAUAUGUUCUUAAACUUAUAAAACAAUAGACUGGACAUAAAGCAGUUACCAGUACUAUUAAAGUUUUUUAAAAGAUACGUGUAACUAUUUUUUAAACUUAUUCUUGUAGAAACAUUUCCAGAUAACUUUGAAUUGUUUGGUUGUUGUUUUUUUUGUUUGUCGUUUGUAGAAAAAUGAGACUCUACAUUAGUAAUGUAAAGUAAAAUGUACUGGAAACAUUUGAAUACAUCUUGUUUCAAAUUUAUUAUUUCAUAGGGACCCAUUGCAUUAAGGAUGGCAAAAGCUGCAGUGAAUAGAGGAAUUGAGGUGAGUUAAGCUUUUUUCUUAUAUGCUAUAAUUGAUUUGUAAAAAAUAAAAGUCAUUAAUGUAUAAAAGAAAAAAUACACAUUCAUUUUUCUUGUACAUAUUAAUGGGCUUUCUUUUUUUUUUUCACUUCAGCAUAAUAUUCCUUAAAUUUGAGUACCAAUACAUAUCAUAUAUAUAAUAGCAUUUUUAGUGUUGUAUCUUGUAAUUCUAUUUGGUAUUUCAUAUUAAUAUUUAAAAGAAGAUUUUUUAAAAAUGCAACAUAACAAAGUAAAUGGGCUGUAAAUUGUUUUAUCUGUUGAAGUAUUUUACAUAGUCUUUUUAUAAGGUAUUUUAUGCUAGUCGUCCCACUGCUUAUACAAAUAGGUAUUUACUAUAUCACAGGUGGAAAUAGAUGCAGGAAUGAGAUAUGAAGAGGCAUACUAUGCCCAGGUAUGUAUUGCUAUUAAGUUAGUAUUGAAAAUUAAUAUCAUGCAGUAUUGGUAUAUAUUUCUCACCAAAAUUUAAACUGAUACAUAAAGCACAAUUUAGUGAGUUUAUUAUUGACAUUUAAAAGUAUGUUAAAUAAUACUCCAUACAAAACAUUUUUUUAACCUUUCGUUUCUUUUAACCAGAUCAUUCCAACAAAGGACAGAAUUGAAGGUCUUCUAGCUUUUAAAGAAAAGAGACGACCCAAAUACGAGGGACAUUAAAUUGUCUUUUGCAUUCUGUCCUUUUAUUCAGACAUAAAGUUAGGAUUAACUGACAGUGCAACUCCUUACCUUCAGCCCAAAUAUGCACGUCCGAUAUCUGCCGAAAAGGUCUUAUUGGGCAAUACUUUAUGAUAAAGCAUUUAAAAAUUGUAAUCAAAUUCCUUUUUUUAGGUAUUAAGAUUUACUAUGAUUCUUGUUAAUGAUAAAAAAAUUUCUAUAGCUUUCCACACCUGCUUUGAAGUUUUUCUGUGUACAUUAGUCAGACACUCUCUCUCUGAAAAGUCUUAGUGAGUCAGUGAAGAUAUCAUAAUACCAAGGUGGUUCCCGUCGCUCAUGAUAGUUGUCUGAGGGCUUAUAACUAACUGGUAUCACUGAUACUAUCAAUCAUGGGCAUCGAGUUUAUGUCUGUAUGUUUUGUCUUCUACUGCUAUUUUAAUUCACAGUUCAAAUCUCCUAACACUGUUAUAAUGCACUUUGGGGAUUAUUUUACUGGCCAUUGAUAAUACUAAAAAAAUAGGUGCUAUUUUAAGGAUGGUUUCAGCACAGCCUAAAGCUGUAUAGCACCGGAAUACCUUAAAGAAUAGAUUUCUAAACACGUAUCCUUAAAGAACCUGCGGUCUUCAACACAGUCCUUACUGAGAGUUCCCAGUUUGGAUUGGCACAGAAAAAAAGUCUUACAGAGUGCGCUCUUUUGAAGCGAUAGCACCAAAAUUAUGGAACAGUUUGCCCCAAUCCUUGAGGGACAUUGACAAUGAUAAAAAAUCUUUUAAGAAACAUUUAAAGACUUUUUUUGUUUGAAUAGCUUCAAGAACAUCAGAGCGCUUUGACUUUGAGCAUGCUAUAGUAGUAUGGAUACAAGCGUUAUAUAAAUAUUCAAUCAAUUCAUAACACUAUUCAAGAAGUAUCCCCAUCAGAGUGUCAUCAUUUCCAUUUGCUUGCAUCACCUUCUGACACAACUGUUGAAGCUUUUAGUGUGUUGUUGAGGUGUGCCCUUUUGCUUAGUUGUUAACUAGAAUAAGAAUACGGACCAAAAAAUCAGUUUUCCUAAAGGCUGUGAACUUUUACUUGUUAAGGAAUACCGUGGCACUAGAUCAUCUUAUUUCAGAUAUUGCAGAGAUAGAAGUCAAUAAGUUUUGCAGUGGAAUAGUAACUUCAUUUCAAUGCAUAUCUAAUAAUUUAUGUGAACUGAUAUUAUGUUAGUCUUUUUUUAUUUUUUCAUAUAUGAAUGUUAUGUCAUACUAUAUUAUAAUUAUUCAGAAAGUUAUUGUAUGUAAAAACUUUAAAUACUUAAUACUGUUUUUAUGUUAAUAAAAUAUCAUAUAUUUAUGACUUUUUGCAUUUAAAGGGUGUUUUAUUUUAACAAAACCUUUAUUUUUAUUUCCAGAUGAAUGUACAUUAAUUCAAAUUUACAGCUUAUUAAAAAUGAAAUUCAUGUUGCAAAUGUUAUUGGAAGAAUUUUUUAAAAUAAAAGUGUUGCUAAUAUUAA